AUGGCCGAAUCCGGGACCAAUUCAACCGGCAGCACCCCGAAAUACUAUGCCCCUAAGGACAAGAGCUGUCCCUACUGUGGCCAGGUCUUUACAUCUUCCUCGCUCGGACGCCACCUCGACCUCUAUAUUAAAGACAAGAACCCCAAGCCCCCAGAUGGUAUUCACGAUAUCGACGAAAUUCGAAGGGUUCGAGGGAACAUCACACGGCGCCAGCCUCGGCCCCGCGGCUCACUAGGCCGCGCCGUGUCCACCCCAACCGGUACUCCCAGGCCAAGUCUAAGGAGGGAAUCUCUGAGGAACCCAGAAACCUGCCAGACGCCCGGCUUACCCAGAGAGGGACAGUACGUGGUGGAUUCCAGACUGAGCAGGUUUCCCCUCACACCGGGAUGGGACCAACCCACUACCAACGGGAUACACUCGCGGACGCCCGAAUUUUCUCAAGGACCGCCCGCAGUUGCGGGCGGUGCCCAGGAUGCUGCUCAGAGGCCAGGCAUGUCGAGACAAGUCAGUAAACAGGUGUUGCAAAAGGCCCAGCUCGACGUCAAACAUCGCUUGACCGACGCAAUGGACACGGCCAGGGCCGCCGAGCUGGCGCUGCGGGAAGUAUUGAGCUCAUGGCGGGCUGCCAGGCAACAACUCGACAACAAGACCAUGCCGUUGGACUUCGACCCUCUCUCCCUCGACUUUCCCGCCCUGACGCUUCAAUGCCUGCAACCGCCCCCCACGCUCUUCUCUUCUACACAACAUCCGACUUCCACCUCGUGGUCCGUGCAGUUCCCAGGUCAAAGGGAGUUCGAUGCGCUGCGAGCUUACUUCCAAGAAGAGUUUCGAGCAUGGAGGGCAACCCGCGCCGCAGCCACGAGUGCCGCCAUGGAUGAAUUGAUCUACCAUCCCUGUGAUGGUUCAUCGCGGGAUUCUCGAGAGGCCAUCAAGAAGGCAGAGAAACAGGCGGACUCACUAGAGCGCCAAGUGAAUGAACAUCUGCAGUCUGCCUACGCAGUGUGGGAUGCCCUGCCGUCGCAGAGGCGCAACGAGCUAUGGGUGCUAGAGCUAGCAAGAAGUGUGGGAAGGAGGCAGAAAGAAGCGGAGGCUAUGAAAUCAGACCAGCAUAAGCUGAAGCAGGAGAUCGCCAAUCUCAAGACCCAGAUAGACCAGCUCGUGCAUUGGCAACAGCCGUGGGAGUUUGGGAUGGUCACGCCGACCACCAUACCGCUCGACCAACAGCUGGUGGCACAUGUCCUUGAGGCCGGGGGCAGAGGCGGCCGGGGUGUCGGUGUGGCAUCAGACGACUCGCAUCUGGAUCUGAAUGAAAUCACCACGCGCUCGAUUGAACGAUGGAAGAAGGUCAUAACAUCGAACCGUGCCGCGUCCGGUGGCAUGAGCGCUCAGCGGCCACUCAAUCAGACUCUGAACGGGACGUCGGCAGCGACACCCACUGCAACAGUCCAGCAGCAACAAGGACAACCGCAGCAGCAUCAGCAUCAGCAUCAGCAUCAGCAUCAGCAUCAGCAACAACAGCCACGGCAACAGCCACGGCAACACCAAUCGCACAUGCACUCUCAAGCGCCGUCACAGGGGAUGCACCAGGUUUCGCGACCAUCAACGUCGCUACAACGACAGUCUACAAAUACAAGUGUCACAGGUCAAAGCGAUCAUACUGCGGCGUCCACAGUCGGACCGUCGUCCAUUUAUAAAAGUGAACGGGAUGCCGAUGCGGAUGCCGAUGCUGAUGCAGACGCCGAUGCAGACACAGAUUCUGACGCCGACGCCGACGCCGACGCCGACGCCGAUGCCGAUAUCGAUGCCGAUGGGGACGCAGAUGGGGAUGCAUAUGGGGAUGCAGAUGCAGACGGCGAUGUGGAUGCCGAUGGCGACAUGGAUGCCGACGCCGACCUAGAUAUCGACACUGAAAUGGACGAUAAAAACCUCUCCAUGAUAAAAACGUCGCCAAGGCCGUUAUCAUCACGACCCAUGCAGCAGCAGGCUACGCUCCAGGUGCCACGGACCCGUGGUCCCAUUCAGCACCGUGCAGGAGAUGCGCGGUUCACGCUACAAACAGGUGCAGAUCGGGGGCACAUCAACUUGAGUCGGUCCAUGCCGAACAUGCAGCCUUCAAUGCAAGGCAUUCUUGUUAACGACAUGGUCAUGGCUGGUGAUCGGGGGGACCCGAUGUAUAUGGAUUGA